GUCCAUGGAAUUAUUUACGUUGCUGACAUUUCGGAUGAAAAUCGUCUUGAUGAGAAUUACGAGACGAUACGUAAGGUACAGCUUCAUAGAGGUACUUCCAGAAAACCGUUCCUAGUGGUACUGAACAAGAAAAAACCAACGGAAAUGGACGACUUUGACUUCUCGAGAAAUGUUAGUGAAUUAAUUUCUUUAGAUACCCUCUACCCCCUAUGCCACUCAUGCAAAUCGAGAAAACCUAUAUUUGCCGCUGGAUUGAACUAG